AUGGCCAUACACGAGGGCCUUCCGCCACGAAUUGUCCAGGCUAGAAAUAUUAUUUUGGGCGCGAGACAGGCGAAUAUCCUCCCAGCUCCAUGGCUGAGAAGAGCGUUGACGGAUAGCUUCAUUGAAAAUGUUCUUCCUUACUGUCCCGUCAUUGAUUCGAAGGACCUCACGGGCGAGAACUCGUCGACCCUGCUUCAGUUAGCGGUGUGCCUCGUCGGGAGCCUUAUGCGUCAUGAUCCCAGCAGCCUGCAACUGAGUUACUCCCUUUACGAAAAGAUUCAAACUCUAGUUUACAUCGAUUUCGAAGAUGAUAAUAUGGCCCUGCUGAAGACGUUCUGCCUUCUGUCAUGCUGGGCUCCAGCCUCUCCGUAUCGGGUCACGCUUCAUGGGCCGUGGCACUGGACGGGGAUGGCAGUGCGAUUGGCGAUACAAAUGGGCGUGCAUACGCAGUCAAGUUACGCAGAAAGCGAAAAUGCCGGAUGUUUUCGGCGGAUCUUCUGGUACUUGAACAAUACCGAAACACUUAUGGUUGCCUGUUGGGGUCGCCCGCGUUCUCUGAAGCUGGAGGAUUGUGAUGUGCAGCCCCUUGCGUCGUCAGACUUCGCCGUUGAAAGGGUAUCUGUCAUGGUUUCUCUUCAUUUCACGAGACUGAUGAAUGUCGCUCGCAGUGUUGCAGAAUGGAACACCAAAAAGGGGGUUCCCUCUGAGCAUGAGGUUGAAGGAAUAAUCGCGUCCAUUUGUAAUUGGUAUCGAGGUCUGCCAGAAGAGUUGCGGCUUCACGACCAAAACGGAACCCGAAGACCAUUCCACCGUUUCACUUCGGAGUUACAUAUCCACUAUUUGACGACGAUCAUACUUAUUCAGAUGCUCAGCAAAGACCGCCAUUCACCGUGGCGAACGUCCCCAGCCUCAAUUGUGGCAGCGUCUUGCGUUGCUCAUCUGUACGAAGAGAUUCACUGCAGAGAGCAGGCCGUCCAUUUGCUCAGUGUCAAUGGCUUCUUGGCUUUAGUUGCUGCAAUUGUGUUGAUUUUCCAGCGCCCGAAGUCGCCACAGAAGGAGGUCAUUCGCAAUAAUGGCGUCGACAGCAUUUGCUCCGUUCUGCGCCUCAUGUCCGCCAAGUAUGGCGGGGCGAGAUCAGUGCUCAAAAGGAUCCAGGGGCUUCAACCGAAUGCUGAGGGCAGACAGCCUUCCGCCAAUUACCACCAAAAUGGUGGCCCUGCGUCAUGCGCCCCGUGGGUAGCAAGGGCUGUCAACAGGCAUAUUGAUGAGCUGUUUCCUUUCCCGCAUAGCUUUUGCGAGAUUAUGGAUACUUUAGGUCUAGCGGAAAUUCGAUUGGACCAGCCAUCAGUUCAGGCAGCAGGAGCCUUGGAUUCCAUGCCUUUUGAGCAAGUGUCAGACUCCGGGUUUUCGUUGAUGGACAUUCUGGAAAUGGAUUUCGACGUCUUUGAAACCAUGACUAGCUGCAUAUAG